UAGAGAGACAGACAGAGGGCUACAGGGGGAGACUGGAGGCAGCAGCAGGAGAGGAGGAGGAGGGCGACAUCAUCAUCAUCACUGGGGGUCCAUCCACCACAGGCUGGGCCAGAAUGUGAAGGAGCUGGCAGCCUCUCACCUCCCCCAUUCAUACCAAUCUCUCUAUCAUCCUGCCUGCAGUAAGCAUGAGAAGGAUCAGGGCUAAUGCCAUCGCCAUCCUGACUGUAGCCUGGAUCCUGGGCACCUUCUACUACCUAUGGCAGGACAACAAACCCCAUCCUGCAACCUCCAGCAGAUCACCGGGCAGCAGAAUCCGGGCAGCGGCCAGGCAGGAGGGGCACCGAGAGGACAGGACCAGCCCUGGGGCUGUGACGUCAGCCUUGCAGACGGAGAAGGGGAAGCUGAAUGGCUUUGAUGAGAAGUUGUAUCUAUCUUCCAAGUUUCUAAAGGCUGGAGAAGAUCCUUACCGGCAGCAUGCCUUCAACCAGCUGGAGAGUGACAAGCUGAGCAGUGACAGGCCCAUUCGGGACACAAGACAUUACAGGUGCACCUCUGUACAUUACGACAGCGACCUCCCCUCCACUAGUGUCAUCAUUACUUUUCAUAAUGAAGCGCGUUCUACUCUGCUCAGAACUAUUAAAAGUGUUUUAAUCCGAAGCCCUCCGAAUUUAAUACUAGAGAUUAUUUUAGUGGAUGACUACAGCGCUGACCCCGAUGACUGUCAGCUCCUCACUAAAAUACCCAAGGUUAAAUGCUUGAGAAAUAACCGGAGAGAAGGAGUGAUCCGCCAGGUUGCACCCAGCACAGCGUAUAGCAAUUAG